AUGUCGUCCCCUCCUGCGCAGGAGAGCGAGGCGCUCUACAGCAACGACAGAAUGUCGUCGGCUCAACCAUCUGCGUUUGACUAUACGACCAUUGGUCCAGGGAACUUCACAGAGGCCUUGAAUCACCCGGGUCUAAUUUCGGACUGGGACUUCAACAGUUUAUCAUCAGCACUCGACUCUAACGGCAGCAUUUCGAGCCCGGGAGACGCACAUACCUCUGGCGCGAGUAGCUUUGUCGUCACGACACCCGCCGGACUUGGGGCUCAGAACUCCAGAGCAAGCAAUGCUCGGCCUCCAGUCUCCAAGAGUACGAUCAGCGCGCCAGGGUCGGGUGCUGCGAUGCUCACCAAGAUUAUGAAGCUCGAGAGUGGGAUGACGGCUAUGCGGGGUGAGGUUAGCAGCCUUCGCCAAGGUCUUCUAAGCCUGCAAAACAGUGUACAGAACGCGCUCGAUGCGCUGAGGGCAAACCACGAGGCUGGGAUGGAACUGACGAUGCAGGUUGUUGAGGAAAAGGUCGAGGCUGCCUUGAGCGCGAGCAGGAAAGGAGGAGAGAGGGAGCAAGAAGUGGGCGGUGAUGCAGGAGAUGGAAACGAAGCGGACACAGAAGACGACGACGAUGACGACGACGAGGUUAGUCACAAGGUGUCGGAACCUGUGAUGCUUCUGAUCAGUUAUGCAAGGCGAUAA